UUUUGUUUGCUUAUUUGUCAUUUAUUUUUUGAACACUUUUGUCCAUGCGAAAUAAAUACGUUUUUCGACUCAGGUCAUGGAAGUACCUUAAUUCACGACCUAACUCAAUAUUUGGCCUCAUUGCACAAAACGCGUGACCUCAUUAAGUCAUUCCUGGAUAUAAAGAUCUUACCGGCACAUGGGGAUAUCAUUAAUGAUGCUUUGGGAAAAGUGGAUGAGUAUCUGGCCAGCCGAUACAACCGCAUUAGGAGGCUCUCUCUUUACUUCACUUCAACAGACUCACCAGGCGUCUGGCAUCCAGAAUCAAAGGUUCUUACCGCAGUAUAUCCAAAUUUGCCUUCUGGGCUUAAACUUUCAGCUCUCAUCAACCUUCGACACAGCCUAUUUUGGCUUGUUGAACAUCCAGCCGAAGCUGAUUCUGGUGGGAACGGUCCAGCCACUAUCGAACUAUAUCCAGUUAAUUGCUUGCUACCUGUUGGAUUCCGUCUCUGUCUGCCACGUCCGCUUUCAUCUGAAAACGGUUCUUCAGAGCACCAAACUAGUAUAACGGGCGAUCGCAUGCAUGCGAUUUCUAAAGAGUUCGAAAAGGCCAUUGCUUCCGGCCAAGUGGCUGAUUACAUUGCUAGGAUGGCCAAAGAUGAAUGGGAAUGGAGUAUUGAAAAGACGAUUGAAAAUAAAAGCGUAUGA